ACGAAAACAACUACGAAAACAACUGUGAAAACAACUACAACUACGACAAACAACUCUCAUUCACCAUCACCUCCACCAAGCACAACUACUGCAAAACCAACACGCACCCGCACAAGGACGCGUACACCCAUAACGACUACUCGAGAUCCCACUUUACCUCCCACAAACCCAACCUACUCCACGCUCCCUAUCACCUCCUCCCCUUCCGCAGGCUCCGUCCCUUCCAUCACGAUCGCUCCCCCCUCUGAAACCCCCACUGAAACCUCCUCUUAUUCCUCACAGCUCCCGACCGGCGCCGUCGUCGGUAUAGUUCUCACCUCUUUCUUCCUACUCCUCGCCGCCGUGAUCGGCCUCUUUCUCAUAAAACGCCAUCGAUCCCGCCGUCGUCUCCUACGUCUCCGCCGGACCAACGAUUUAUUCUUUAACUCAUCCCUUGCGGGAUUGGCCAUGCACGAGAACUGGACACAGCAUCCCCGAAAGGACCUUCCGCCCACGCCCCUGGUCGCCAGCAGUGGCAUGUUUCCUGCGAAUAGCGAGAGUGGACAUGAAUCUGUGGAAUCGCAGAAUGAUGAGCAGGCGAUGGUUGAUGGCAGGGUUGGAUAUGCAGCGCCCUACGCUAUGGCCGAGCGACACGGGCAGGCGCCCGGGCAGCAGAAUGGGUUUGGUGGUAGUGGGGAGCAUGCCGGCUAUAUCCCGCCAACGGAGCCUUUUGCAGCAGCGAUGGCAGCAGGAUACGGACGCUAUACGCCGAGUAACAGUGGUAGCACUGAAGGCCAAGAAGCCUUCCGUCGGUACCAUCAGCAAUUUUUCAACCAGCAGGAACAGCAACAGCAACAGACGGAGUUGGGUCACCGUCAGGGUCAGGAUCCUUAUACACUGCCGGUCUUUGUGUAUUACGACCCCAAUACUGGAGAGAUGUAUUAUGAGCAACAAGACUAUCCGGAGGACAGUGAGACAACUUCAGAAUACGAUCGCGCGUAUAAUCAGCAGCAGUGGGAACAAGGGGUGGGAAUUCCCUCGACAUCCACGACAUCUCUAUUUUCCUCAAGUCUCGCUAGUCGCCCCAGAACCCCUGAGAACCAGGACAGUGCAGCAGUAGCAGCAGGGUCAGGAUCAGGAGCAGUAAGGAUCUCAAGAGGGGUGUCAGCGCCACAGGUUAUCGCUCGUCCUUCGCACGGUAAUGUCGAUAGUGAGGCUGACCACGACAACUCCAAGAGCGAGUCCCAGCCAGAGAGACCAACUAUUACAUCUUUGUCCGCGUCCGCGUCCAAGCGGAACCCCCACGGCGCCGAGAUUUAGGCCACUGUGCAAACGCCCGACCCGAGCAACAAUCCU